UCCAUCCCCGCCCGGGGAGUGGGGGGGCCGGGGAGAGCCGGCGCGGCGGGGACACGGAGCGCUGCCGUCCCACCCGGCGGCCACCAUGAGCACACGCAAAGCAGCCAUCGCUCUCCUGCUCCCCUUGGCCCUGCUGCUGGCAGCUGCGUCACAGCCGCUGGAAGGAGAAGCCCUGAAGGAGCAGCCGGACGCAGAGCCCCUGCGAUGCCCCAGUUUGUGCGCCUGCAGCUUUGAUGACUACAGUGAGGAGCUCAAUGUCUUCUGCAGUGCACGCAACCUCACGCACCUUCCAGAGGACAUCCCCACCAACGCCAAAGCCCUCUGGCUAGACGGCAACAAUUUCACCUUGCUGCCAGCCGCAGCAUUCAGGAACCUCUCCAGCCUUGACUUCCUCGACCUGCAAAGCAGUCAGCUGGCCGGCGUGGAGCAGCACGCCUUCCACGGGCUGAGGAGCCUCUACCACCUCCACCUGGAACGCAACCGGCUGAAGUACUUGGCGCCCCACACUUUCCUUCACACCCAAAACCUUGUGUCCCUGAGCCUCAACAACAACUUCUUCACCAAGGUGGAGGAAGGGCUGUUUGCUGGCCUCUCCAACCUGUGGUAUCUGAAUCUGGGCUGGAAUUCACUUGUGGUCUUGCCUGACAAGGUUUUCCACGAUUUACCCAACCUGAGGGAGCUGAUCCUGGCUGGAAACAAGCUCCCCUACCUGCAGCACCAGCUCUUCUGCAGCCUUACUGAGCUGAAGGAGCUGGAUCUGAGCGGGAACUCUCUCAAGGGAAUCAAGAUCAACAUCUUUGUCAAGCUGCAGAAGCUACAGAAGCUGUACUUGAACCACAACCAGAUCAAUGCCAUUGCACCUCGCGCGUUCGUGGGCAUGAAGUCCCUCCGGUGGCUGGAUCUCUCCCACAACCGUCUUGUCUCACUCUUUGAGGACACUUUUUUGGGUCUCCUAAGCCUGCAUGUCUUACGCUUAUCCACCAAUUCUAUCACCAGCCUGAGACCCAGGACUUUCAAAGACCUCCAGUUCCUGGAGGAGCUGCAGCUGGGACACAACAGGAUCAGAAACCUGGCAGAAAGGACUUUUGACGGGCUUCGCCAGCUGGAGGUCCUCACCCUGAACAACAACCAGAUACAAGAUAUCAGGGUUGGGGCCUUCCUGGGGCUGUACAACAUUGCAGUGAUGCACUUGUCUGCUAAUUGCAUCAAGGCUCUUCCCGACUACGUCUUUAAGGGUGUCACCAAGUUGCACAGCCUUCACUUGGAGCACAGCUGUCUCAGCAGGAUCAGAGCAAACACAUUCUCCAGCCUCUCCAGCCUGCGGAGGCUCUUCUUACAGCACAACACCAUCUCUGUGAUCGAAGACCAAAGCUUCGGUGAUCUGCAUGAGCUCCUGGAGCUGGAUCUGAAGCACAACAAGCUGAGCCACCUCUCACCCAAGCUCUUUGUGGGACUAAGCAACCUAGAGUAUCUUUUUCUCUCCUCCAACCAGCUCCUGGACAUCUCACAGGACACCUUCAGCCCACUCCAGGGCCUCUUCUGGCUCGAUCUCUCAAAUAACCAGCUGGAGACACUGGACAACACCGUCAUCUCCCCACUGUCAAACCUGCGGUAUCUCAGCCUGAGGAACAACUCCCUGGAAACCUUCUCAGUUGGUUUUCUGUGCUCUUCAUUCGCGCUGGAGCAGCUGUGGCUGGAGGGAAACAACUGGCACUGUAACUGCUCCCUGAAGGGCCUGCGGGACUUCUCCUUGCAGCACCCCGUGGUGGUCCCACGGUUCGUUCAGUCCGUCGUGGAGGGGGACGAUUCCCACGUCCCUGUGUACACUUACAACAACCUCACCUGCCUCCACCCCCCAAAUGUGACAGGCCUGGAUCUCCGCGACACCAGUGAGGACAACUUUGCUCACUGCUGACAACACAGCUCCGCUUUCUGGAGGACUUGCUGCUUUCCGUCGUGAGCAAUGGCGCACACCUAACCACAAGCUAGCAGUGUGCCCUGAACUGUCACCUUCCCUUUCUCGGUCCCUGGGACAGCAGUUACCUGGCACCUCGCUCCCCGGCCCGGCCCCACGCUGGGCUAACCAGGGCAGCAGCGCAAGCAACUGCACAAGGUUAGCCUGGCUUCUCUGCUGUCUUUAGCUGUCUUUCUCCAUUCUGGACUGAUAAAGGGAGCUGUAUAUGUGUAAUUUUAAACAGAACCAGCGCAGGGGUUGGCAUAAGUAACCGGGGGACACCACUUCUUGGGGCGAUGUGGGUAUGUCUGUUUGCUGGGGAAGGCAGGGAUGGGCAGGGGGAGACAGGCACCAGCUGCCCAAAUGGGCUCUGCUGCCUCCAAACCAAAAUAUCCGAGUUAUUUAAACACCAGCCCUCAGGUUAGCGCACUCGCUCCCCAGCCUGCCUGCCCACCCCAGUCAGGAAGCCCAAGCAUCCCUGAGCUUCUGGCAGCUGCUCGGGGGUGAGGGAAAGGCAUUUACCCACCGAGCAGAGCCCUCGCCACAGCGAGGGGCACCUCUGAGGCCUGGCAGGACCAUCCUGACUGGCAGAGAGGAAACUUGGCUCCAGCUCUCCUUUAUUAGAAUUACAAUGAAAUGAAGCAUCUUCCUGCCAUGAACCAACCCAGCAGAUGCCAGGUGCUGUGCAGCUUCCUCCAGGCUGGCAGGCCACACCGAGCCUUUCCCAACACCCUCGCGCUACGGUGGGGAAGGGCUGCAGGCUCCCCACAAACCACCCAGCCACGGCGCUGCUUUUGUAUGGCGCUAGCAAACAGCAGCCUGAUCCAGAAGUAGGACCCCAGGGGCACAAAGUCAGGAAUAGAGCUAAGAGCGUGACACCCCACCACACACCCAUCCAUGAAUC